AUGACUUCAUAUAUACCACUAGACGAACAACAAUUCCUUCCGACGAACCCUGACCAAUCAAACCCAUUCUCCCCAGAAGAGCCAAUCCUACUACGAUCAAAAACAACUGGAAAAUGGUUAAAUCAAGAUAAACUCCAACCCGUACAACGAUUCGAUGAUUUCAGAACAAUAGAUUGGGUAGAAGAUGAAUUAGACGAACAUAAGCAACGAUUACUCAAAAGUAAAAGCAUUUCAGGAACUUCAAUCAAAUUCAAAGAUAAAAUAAUCGCCCAAAUCCAGAAUUGGGUCGUAUUAGCAAUAAUGGGAAUCAUAAUUGGAUUAAUUGCCGGUUGUUUAAAUAUCAUAACUGCAUUCUUGUCAAGUUUGAAGAAUGGCCAUUGUAAGGGAAACUUAUACCUAAAUGAGCUGUUCUGUUGUUGGCAUCAAGAGGGGGGACAUUGUAAAGAUUGGGUUAAAUGGACUGAUUAUGAACUUGUCAAUUAUUUAUUAUAUAUUAUACUAUCGAUCCUGUUUUCAUUCACGGCAGCGGUGUUGGUGAAAACAUAUGGACCUAAUGCUGCCGGAUCGGGGAUUUCGGAGAUUAAGUGUAUCAUUUCCGGGUUUGUUAUGGAUGGGUUCUUGAAUUGGUCCACGCUUGUUAUGAAAAGUGUAGGAUUACCAUUAGUUAUCGGAUCGGGAUUAAGUGUGGGUAAGGAAGGUCCUAGUGUUCAUUAUGCCGUAUGUGUCGGUAAUUCAAUUGCGAAAUUCAUUACUAAAUACAGAAAAUCAGCCUCAAAGGGGAGAGAAUUCUUAACUGCAACUUCAGCAGCUGGGGUAGCUGUCGCGUUUGGGUCCCCUAUGGGAGGCUCCUCUUCGAAGUCACCUACGACACCAAUUGGCACUACUUCGAAAUCCCAAUCUACAUAA